AUGUAUCUCCCGCGAAAACGAGAGCUCAGCCGUAAAAACAGCGUCUUCAUCAUUUGUGUCUCGGUCUUGAUAUCCCUGAUUAUCCUCAGCGUUUGCAGUUAUUCGGUCGCUCGAUGGCUGCGAGUGCGCUAUUCCGAGCCCAAGUACCUUCCCGGUCACAUCUUGAAACGACAAUGGAGACAAUGGCGCCCGGGUAAUUCAUCGUAUGGACAGGUGCCGACCCAUGGUCAAGCUAAUGGUCACGACACCUCUUAUCGGGGUGCUGGACAGUCUGGCCCAGAGAUGACUUCUCGAUCUUCCGGCAACGCCCGCAACAACAAUCACAAUGACAGCAAUAAUGGUCCGCAGCGAGAGACCUCAAUCCGCUCCGUGAUGACGCUGCCGGCGUACUCCGCAAGUCCCAAGCCGACAGAACAGGUCAUUGCGCGCGAGGGAGAACGUGCUGGAAUGGACAUGGUUGUGGAAUUCCCCGAGACGGCAGAGGAAGAAGAGUCUCGUCGAGAAGAUCAAAUGGAAGCUCUCUAUCAACUUCGGGUACAACGACGGUAUCAGUUGGCCGUCCGUGAGGCUCGUCGUCGGGAGCGUCGGGAGGCUCGGGCCCGUGGAGAGUCGAUCCGUCUCGAUGAACUGCGCCAGGAUUUGCGCGAUCGUGGUAUUAACUCUUCCUCUGCGGCCUCGUCUAUCAUUGCGGAAUACCGAGCCCGUGAAAGAGAGCGCCGAAUCGCGAGCGUGAGCUACGCUGACCUCGGUCAUGUUCGACAUGAUGGCACCCGCCUGCGGGCUGAUUCUCACAAUUCCGACUCCGACCAACGCCCUCUUCUCCAAAACGCAGAUAUGCAGGAGUCUUCGCCUUCAUUGACCACCGUACCUACGACUCGCUCUCAGGUGCAAUCUUUUGCGUCCACGGUCUCUGUUGAUGCGGAUUCGCUGGCCUUGCGUCCGGUUUCCACCCACGCAUCGUCCGUUCGACCCGUCGCGGCCGUGGUUGAAGAAGGAGACCUAGGUACGUUCGAACUGCCACCCCCGGGGUACGAUCAACUCGACUGGGGGGAGGCCCCCGCCUAUGAGGGUCCCAUCAACCAGUCAGCCAGGGAGAUUCGAUUGCCGGAGAUUACUCGGUUGCCAUCGAUCCACAUCAACCUCGCGAGUCCGAUCUCGAAUUCUCCUGCGACUCCCACGCCAGUUGAGGACGUGGUGUCUCAGCAGCCUAACUUGGCCUCGGGAAACACUGCGGUAGAGGCGGAAGUCUCACCAGAAACCGCUGCGUCCCGGGAUGUCACAGCCGAGUCGAGCGACAGACCAUCGGCAGGACCACCUGCUUAG